AUGCUCUUAUGGAGGAUAGGUGCCAACGUCUUGCCUACAAAGGUGAACCUUCAGCGCAGAAUUCAGCAAGCUGACAUAACCUGUAGCUUGUGCAAAUCGGAUGAGGAGACUUAUGUACACUUGUUCUUCCUUUGUCCUUUUGCCAAAGCCUUCUGGACCACAGUUGGUUGGGGCUUUAGAUUUGACUCUACAUCUCUGACCUCAAAUGAAGACAUCAUUAGUUUGAUCAUAAACCCAACACAUGCUCCCAUCCCCACAGAUCAACAUUGGACUAUAACGCUCAACAUGGCUCUGAUCAUAGAUGAGAUAUGGAAGACCAGAAACCACCUUCUCUUUCACGGGGGCAAAGUUGAUGUGAAUAAAGCCAUGAACAAUGCUCGAAUCAGGUUCCUGGAAGCGUCAAAGGUGUACUCUCCUAGCAGUCGUCCUUCUGUGGAACAAUCUGUCGAUGUUUGGUCUCCUCCACCUCAAGGUUGGAUCAAAAUCAACGACGAUGGAGCUCUAAGUAAUUCAAAAUCUGCUUUGGCUGCUGUUGCUAGAAAUCAUUUGGGAAUUGCCAUCUCCAUUUGGGGUAAGGAGCAUCACCUUUGUUCUCCGUCUCAAGCAGAGGCUGAAGCAAUUCUAUGGGCAGUGCAAAUUGCCAUUCAAGAGAGAUGGAGUGCAGUCAUUUUCGAAGGAGAUGCUAAGCUGUGUUUUGACCCUCUUUCACAACCUGACCUCACUCCGAGUUGGCCCAUCAGCACUUCAAUUUGUAAUAUUCAUAGUUUGGUUUCUUGUUUUGUGUCUUGUGAGUUUAGGUGGGUUCAGCGUAAGUGCAAUGUUGCAGCUCAUGAAGCUGCAAGGUUUGCUCUAAACUCUUACUGCCCUUUUUGUUUUUCUUAUGGUAAUUUUCCCCCCUCUCUUGAGGCUGCUUGUAAGGGAGAUUACCCCUCUGUUUCUGUUGUUUAG